UUUAGUACUCGAUUAGAUUCACAUUUUUUUCUUAUUGGGGGGAAAAUGAGGCCAAAAAGGGGUGAAGAAAGAGCACACUCCUCUCCACCCAAAGGCAGAGUGAGCACCCCACCAUCACCACAACGCUCACGCGCCUCCCGAAGUUCUCCUCCCUCAGCCUCUCUCUCCGACCUUUCCACCACCGAGUUCAUCACUGAGUUCGAAGAACUCCGAGUCACAUCCAAUUCUGAGUACAACCCACGAAGCUUUCCUUACAGUGUGAAGCAACAAUGUUGGGCAAAAGCUGAGAAAGUUAAAGGAAGGGACCCAGAUCGUUGGAGGAGGGACCCACUUGGGAACAUGGUCUUUCGUAAGCUUGUUGGCUGUCCUGGUUGCUUGUGCCAUGAUUAUGACCAUAUUGUUCCUUAUUCCAAGGGUGGAAAGAGUACGCUAGAGAACUGUCAAGUUUUACAGGCUACUGUUAAUCGUUCAAAAGGGAAUCGAACUGACAUAUCCAGGGCAGAUCUCAUACAAAGAAGUUCAUAUUGCCGAGUCUCAGGUCGUGAUAUGGACCUGUUUGAACUGUCGGCAUAUGGUAAUGUCCGUCGAGGAGAAGAUUCAAGUUCAGGUGGAUGCAAGAUUCAGUAAUAACGUUUAUGGUGCCUGUAACUCUCCUGUGAUUCCAUCUCGUAUUAGUUCCACUCUAAUCCUCAUUUGCUUGUGCUUAUUUCCUCAUCUAAAACGAAGUACAUGUGCUGAAAACCAACAGCAAGGCACCAACAAAAGAGUUUCAUACUUCAUACAUGCAUCAAAUAUCAGGGACUAAGAGGUGCAACAAAAGAUGCAGGGUAAAAUGAAAUAGAACUAUCUGGGGAAGAAGCGAAGCGAAAACCACUAUUUCAAACAAUCAAAGAAUCAAAUCAUGGCAAAGUCCAGCUAUCUAUGGUUUGGGAACUUAAUUAAGCAAUCUCUAUAUUGUAAAUAGUUGAAAAAUCUCACUUGCGCUUUUUAUUUAUGUUGUAUUGACGUAUUCUCACUAUCAACUUAUAUGCUAUUCUAUUGUCUGUUUUUAGGUA